CUGACAACAAAAUUCUGCCUGGUGAAGUAUAAAUACCGAGGUGAGUUGUGCUGGAAAAUCACAAUUAUUUUUAAAGUAAAAUUACAAGUAAUUUUAUUGAAAAAUAACCAUGCUGAAAAUUGUGUGUUUGGCCCUGUUCGUCGUCGCUGUCUCAGCCGGCAUCCCCUACAAGGAUUGUGGACACUCUGAAGUGACGAGCCUUGAGGUGAGUGGCUGUCCGUCCGCGCCAUGCAUUCUGCAUAAAGGAAAGGAGACCACAUUUACCAUUAAGUACACCGCCAACCAGGACAGCGCUAAGGCUGAGUGGUCUCUGCACGCCAUUGUCGGUGGUGUGGAUAUGGACUUGUCUACACUGAUCCCCGGCUUUGACAAAGAUGGUUGUAAAGACACUCCCUGUCCCAUCAAAAAAGGUGAAUCCAAGACAUUCACAUACAAAGUGGUCAUUCCCGCCGCCGCUCCCGACGUCGAGGCCGACGUUAAGGCCAGACUUAUCGGUGAGAAGAGUGAUCUCUUCUGCGGAACCGUCCAUGGUUCCAUCAAGGCUUAAAUUAAUUACCAUGCUUAGUUUAUUGCUGUUUAAAUGUAACGCACAUAAUUUAUUUUUGUUAUAACAUCAAAUGAAAAUAAAAUAAAUACAAUUUUCAAAUACAA